GAGGUUACAUCGAGUUUAUAAUGCGUCCAUUUAUCUACGCAGGCCUACUUUUCUCCUGCUCUGGGUUCUCGCACUGGCUGAGGCUACUAACACUAAAACUCCAUUUUUUUCUCUGACUCAUCGUCGAUCUUGCUCUGCCUUGUCAAUCGCAAGGAAGAUGCAUCUCAGCAAAUUUAGCACAUGGCGGCAUUGCCCGUCGCCCUGCACUCUUUCGCGCAAUUUAUCAAACACCAUACGGGCAUUCGCCGCCGCUGCUUCCCCUCCUUCCAAGGCUUUAGUCUACGAGCAACAUGGGUCGCCCGACCAGGUUUUGAGGAUGGUCGAUCUUCCACCAGUGGAAAUAAAAGAAAAUGAUGUAUGUGUCAGAAUGAUGGCGUCUCCAAUCAAUCCCUCAGAUAUAAAUAGGAUGGAAGGAGUUUAUCCUGUUCGUCCUGAGGUACCAGCAGUUGCAGGAUAUGAGGGAGUUGGGGAAGUGCAUUCACUGGGCUCCGCAGUGAGUAACCUUGCAGUUGGUGACUGGGUGAUACCAUCACCUCCAUCAUUUGGGACAUGGCAGACAUACAUUGUCAAAGAAGAGAGUGCCUGGCACAAAGUUAGCAAGGACAUCCCUAUGGAGUAUGCUGCUACAAUUACUGUAAAUCCGCUGACGGCUUUGUGUAUGCUGGAGAACUUUUCUGAACUAACUUAUGGUGAUUCUAUUGUGCAAAAUGGCGCAACUAGCAUUGUGGGACAGUGCAUUAUUCAGCUUGCAAAAAUUAAGGGUGUCAGCAGUAUAAAUAUAAUUAGAGACCGGCUUGAUUCAGAAGAAGUUAAGGAGAAAACGAAGAAAUUAGGUGCAGAUUUGGUAUACACAGAAAGCCAAUUGUCAGUAAAGAAUGUUAAGAGUCUUCUGGAUGGUAUACCAGAACCUCUUCUUGGAUUUAACUGUAUUGGCGGAGAUUCUGCUUCUUUAGUCCUCAAAUUCUUACGGCAAGGAGGCACCAUGGUGACUUAUGGGGGAAUGGCAAAGAAACCCAUCACUAUGUCUACUUCCUCAUUUAUAUUUAAGGAUCUUAGUUUACGAGGUUUCUGGCUGCAAAAGUUAAUGAGUAGCGACAGCACCAUGGUUUGCAGACCAAAGAUGGAUUAUCUCUUGAAUUUGGUCCAAAGUGGCAAAUUAAAAUAUGAGAUGGAACUCGCUCCUUUCAGCGAUUUCAACAUCGCGCUACAAAAGGCAAUGGGGAAACAUGGCCGUCAUCCUAAGCAGGUUAUUAAAUUCUGAUGUCGGCCGCCGCCUCCUUCAUCUCUGAUUGUGAGUCCCUCUAUAUGAAUCGGUCUCAAAAUCUUGUUUGGUAGUAUACAAUAUGCAUUAUCCCCUCCAUUAUAAGGCUAAGUAAUGGAAAAUUAAACAUAAAAUACAUGUGGGUGAUGUCUUUUGUCGCACAAUCAAUAAUUUCUCAGUUUUUAUUCGCCUUACGUUAUUUUUAUGAUCAAAAGUGUUGUUGCCAAAAAGAAACAGUGGCAAUUAUGUCAUGGUGAUCAUCAGCAUUAUUUCAUUUUCAUGUGAUGCAUGUAUGGGUUUUUAAUUAUUUACUGCACAUUAUUUUUAAUCUGUGCAUCUGA